GUCUAUGUGUAUAGUCUAUGAUGGGUAGAGUAUAUUAUGGCUCGAGUUAAUGGGUAGAGUCUAUAGAUAGAAUCUAUGAUGGGUAGAGUCUAUGGGUAGAGUCUAUGUGUAGAUUCGCCCUCUUUGACAGCAGCGAGCACUGAGUGGUUGACGCUCACAGAGGAACCACCAACAAUGGCGAGCGAAGUGAGGCAAGAGCUUGCCCAGCUCAUGAAUUCAACUGGAUCGCACAAAGAUCUUGCUGCAAAGUAUCGUCAAAUUUUGGAGAAGGCCAUUCAGUACACAGAUGCAGAUCAACUAGAGUUCUUAAAAGCUUUCGUAGAAGCAAUGGUCAAUGAAAAUGUUAGCCUUGUCAUCUCGAGACAGCUUCUCACAGACUUCUGCACACACCUCCCUAACCUGCCCGACAGCACCGCCAAGGCGAUAUACCACUUCACCUUGGAGAAGAUACAGCCUAGGGUCAUCUCUUUCGAAGAGCAAGUAGCCUCUAUUCGACAGCACCUGGCGACUAUUUACGAAAAGGAGGGAGACUGGAGAAACGCGGCACAGGUUUUAGUUGGAAUCCCACUGGAAACGGGACAGAAGCAAUACAAUGUAGAUUAUAAAUUGGAUACGUACCUGAAAAUCGCUCGUCUAUACUUGGAGGAUGACGACCCGGUACAAGCUGAAGCCUACAUAAACAGAGCGUCGUUGCUACAGAACGAGUCGUCCAAUGAACAGCUACAGAUACACUAUAAGGUGUGCUACGCUAGAGUGCUGGACUUCAGGAGGAAGUUCAUCGAAGCGGCCCAGCGGUACAACGAGCUGUCGUACAAGUCCAUCGUCCACGAAACAGAGCGCCUGGAAGCCCUGAAGCACGCGCUGAACUGCACUAUACUGGCCUCCGCAGGUCAGCAGCGGUCAAGGAUGCUGGCCACUUUGUUUAAGGACGAGCGCUGCCAGCAGCUGGCGGCCUACGGCAUCCUGGAGAAGAUGUACUUGGACCGCAUCAUCCGGGGCAACCAGCUGCAGGAGUUUGCUACCAUGCUGAUGCCCCACCAGAAGGCCACUACCACAGACGGUGACGGGUCCAGCAUUCUUGACCGAGCGGUGAUCGAGCACAACCUUUUGUCUGCCAGUAAACUGUACAACAACAUCACAUUUGAAGAACUUGGGGCAUUGUUGGAAAUCCCCCCGGCAAAGGCUGAGAAGAUAGCCUCCCAGAUGAUCACUGAAGGACGUAUGAAUGGCUUCAUUGACCAGAUCGAUGGGAUCGUCCACUUUGAGACCCGCGAGCCACUGCCCACCUGGGACAAGCAGAUCCAGUCUCUAUGUUUCCAGGUCAACAACCUCCUAGAGAAGAUCCGCACGGCUGCUCCGGAGUGGGCCGCACAGGCUUUGGAAGCCCAGAUGACUCAGUAAAGCCCUCCUUUACUGGGUCCCCCUGUUAUUUAAAUUGGCUUUCUUAUCGUUACCAUUCUUCCUUUGGUCGGAAUGAUAAUGCAUUUUCAUCACUCUAUUACAUCCUCCCCCCCCCCCCCCCCAUAAUUCUUCAGAUCUUUGUUAUUUUUGGGAGGAAGUCAGGGCUUUUAUUUUCUUGGCCGUCAGGAAGUCAGGACCUGUGUUUCUUUUCCCAGAGCUAUAUGUGUAAUGUGUCCUUGUACAAUUUUUUUUUUGUUUUAACUCGACACAAAGUACAGGACGUACAAUACCUGGAUGAAGACAGGAUUUUUAGGACAUUCAGCCUAACAAUGACCAGACCUAAAUAAUAAAUCCCGCCAAAGACAUGAAUAAAGUCUGGAAAUGAGAAA